AUGAAGAUCAUUGUAUAUUUUUGCAUUUGGGCAGUAGCAUGGGCCAUUCCAGUUCCUCAAAUCAAGCCGUUGGAGAGACAUGCUGUUGACGAAACUGUGAAUUUAAAUCUUCUAGCAAAAUCAAAAGUGCCAAUACAGGAUGCAUUAAAUGCCAAUGAUACCACCAAAGAAAGUGCUGGCCUCAUGCAUGAAAAUGAACAAGGAAGGCAACAGGAUACCAAAGAUGGCUACAAAGGAGAGAGAAAUGGUUCUGAGUGGGCAGAGCUGGGAGGGAAAAGUUCUUCUACAGGUUCCACAUUAGUAAAUGAAAAGGGGAAUACAGAGGAUCUAAAGGGGGGCACAGGAAAACCAGAAACAUACGAUCAUGAUGGGAUCCAAGGACAAGAAGAUAGCACCAGUGCAAACGGCCUCAGGGGACAAGUAAGCAUCAUCCAAGAUGCUGGAGCAGCAAAUGGGAGCCAUAUUGAUGGGAUUACUGAGAACAAUUCCCAAAAUGCGGGUGUUGGAAAUACAAGUCAAAGUGAGGACGCCACUGUUGUCCAAGAAGAUGGACAUCAAGUAGCUGGAAGCAGUAACAGUACAGGUCAGGAGGAUGAAAUCAAUGGGAGUAUCUGUAGAAACGGGGCUGACACAAGUGAAACAACACCUCAGAGAGAAGGCGAGAGAAAUGGGAAUGAGGAGGCAGGGAUAUUGCCAGUGGGAAGUGGAGCUGGCAACGGAGAAGAUGUUGGUUUGGAUAAUUUUGAAGGAAGUCCUAGUGGGAAUGGAGCAGAUGAGGGUGAAGACAAGGGCUCUGGUGAUGAUGGAGGUGAAGAAACAGGGAAUGGAGAAAAGGGUAGUGAUCCCAGCAAGGGCCAGGAGGGUCAGUCUCAUGGAGAAGAGGAUGAUGAGGACAAUAGCUUAGGUAAAAAUUCAGUUAGUAGUGAAGAUGAUGGCCCUGGGGACAACGAAGACACCCAUGUCAUUGGUGGAGACCUCUCCAAGAGUGAGGAAGAUUCUGCCGGUAUUCCAGAAGACAAUGAUGGCCAGAAAACAGAGGACACUCAAAAACCCAGUCACGGAGAGAACAAAGCUAUGGAAAAUAGAAUCACUGAAAAGUCAGAGCCACCUACUAUUGGGAAGGGCCAAGAUAAGGGAAUGGAAAUAGAAAGUCCUAGCAGUGGGCACAGAAACAAUAUUACCAAAGAAGCUGGGAAAGUUAAUGAAGAUAAAGAGAGUAAAGGCCAGCAUGGAAUGAUUGUGGGCAAAGGAAAUGUCAAGACACAAGGAGAGAUUGACAUUAUAGAAGGAGCUGGCCAGAAACUGGAACCUGGAAAUAAGCUUGGACCCAGCAAAACACACAGUGACAGUAACAGUGAUGGAUAUGACAGUUACGAGUUUGACGAUGAAUCCAUGCAAGGAGAUGACCCCAACAGCAGUGAUGAUGCCAAUUCUGAAGGUGAUAAUAAUCACAGUAGCCGAGGAGAUACUUCUUAUAACUCUGAUGAAUCGAAUGAUCAUGGCAAUGACAGUGGCUCAAAAGGAGAUGAUGAUGGUAGUGAUAACACAUCAGAUGCUAAUGACAGUGGUAGUGAUGGCAAUGGUAACAAUGGAGAUGAUGACAAUGGCAAAUCAGGCAACAGCAAAGAUAAAUCAGACAGCAGUGACAGCAGUGACAGUAGUGAAAGUGACAGUAAAUCAGACAGUGACAGCAGCGACAGCAGCGAUAGUGACAGUAAAUCAGACAGUGACAGCAGUGACAGCAGCGAUAGUGACAGUAAAUCAGACAGUGACAGCAGUGACAGCAGCGAUAGUGACAGUAAAUCAGACAGUGACAGCAGUGACAGCAGUGACAGCAGCGACAGCAGUGACAGCAGCGACAGCAGUGACAGCAGCGAUAGUGACAGUAAAUCAGACAGUGACAGCAGUGACAGCAGUGACAGCAGCGAUAGUAGUGACAGCAGUGACAGCAAUGGUAAGAGUGACAGCAAGACCAAGUCUGGUAAAGGCAACAACAAUGGAAGUAGUAGCGACAGUGACAGUGACAGUGAAGGCAGUGACAGUAAUCACUCAACAAGUGAUGAUUAG